GUUUUCGUUCCGCCGAAAUGGAUUCAAAACUCUAGUCAUUUCAAAAUUAAUAAAAGAUGGUCGAAUUUUCAAAGGAGUCAUCGACCAGAGUCUCUGUAAACUCACAACGACAAAUAUCGCAUGUCCAGAAACGAGAGCUCACGAAGCGAAAGAGUGUCCGAUUUGAAACACAAACUGUGGAGUCAACAUCCGAAUUUGUUGGUAAAACGAAUCAGGAAUGGACGUUCGUCGCUGAUUGCUUCAAUCUCGACAAAGAAACUCGAAGUGAACGAGAACAGGAGCUUCUCUCGCUGUGCAACUUCUUCGAUUCGAAUGAGAAGGAACUCGAGUUGAGCGAUGCUUCUGACGAAUCGGAUGACUCGGUUCCAUUCGAAUUAUUUGCCGAGCAGGGAAUGCGAAUUGCUUGGACUCAAAUCGUUACCUCACCGUCAUUGAGCAAUCUUCGCUUAGCUAGCAUUCUCCGCUUCGAUACAAAAAAGAAAAUAGUUUCACCCUUCAUUGAAGACGAAAAGAGUCCUCAAGAGUUCUUCUUGGACGACAACGAAGCGGUCGAGAAUGCUUUCAAAGGUGUCUUACCAUGCACAAAUUCUCAAAAAGUGAGCAGGUCACGUCGAGCUUCAAAAUCAGAAGAAGAAAACGAUUUCGUAACGGCCAAGGGAUCCGACUUUUGGAGUGAUGUCGAAUUUUAAGAAAGACCACGCAGCAGAAGCAACAACUACAAUGUUCACAAAUCCCAAUGCAAAAACUGACCGAUUAACGGAUUUUAUCUACUAUCAAGAGCUUUCAACCGUCUUCCAAAGAAGAACAUCUAUUCGUCUCCCCGCAAUUCUAUAUAUAAUUUCGUUUUGUCUUAUCUCAAAUUCUGUUCGUAUUUCAUUUACUGAUCAAAUUUACUCUUGUUCUAUUGUAAAUCAUGUCCUUAUUCCUAAUCUCCAAAAUUUUUUAAAAAUUAAAGUUACCAUUCCACUAAUUUUCAUCUCUUUCCCUCAACCCAUUUCAUUCCUUUCGCCGAUACUCUAAAAUUUAAUGUGCCUUUCUUUCAUUUAAUUUCAGUUCAUCUCUCAAUUGCCUUUUUUCAAUUUGCAGAAACUUUAUUUAUUUCCAUUUUAUCAUCCAAUGCCGUUCAACGAAUAAAUGAUUUGAUU